AAUUUUUUUACCCUCUCUGUCCUCAGAAUCCAGGGUUCAUGGCUACGACAUUACCCGACUCUGCCGGACCCAAACCCGAGACCGGAUUAAUAUCCGGAACCGGACCCGCUGGCCUUGAAACACCGCCUGGAAAAUCGAUGGUUGUGCCGCCUUCGCCUUCGCCUUCUUCCGACACCGAUUUAAUCUACGUCCCCAGUUAUUCACGUUGGUUUUCGUGGAACGGCGUUCACGAAUGCGAGGUCAGGUCGUUACCGGAGUUCUUCGAUUCGAGGUCUCCCUCGAAAAACUCUAGGGUUUACAUGUACUUGAGGAACUCCAUCGUCAAGCAGUACAGAGAGAAUCGUCCUCGCAGGAUUAGCUUCACCGAUGUCCGGAGAACUCUCGUCGGCGACGUUGGCUCUAUUCGACGCAUAUUUGAUUUUCUCGAGUUGUGGGGGCUUGUGAACUAUACUAGCUCCGUUUCUGCUAAGCCGCUCAAAUGGGACGAAAAGGAAAUCGGAAAGUCCGCCGGCGAUGCUGCUAUUGAUUCACCUGCACCGAUCAAAGAAUCGGCUAAGAGAAUCUGCAAUGGCUGCAAAGGAGUUUGCAGCAUUGCUUGUUUCUCCUGCGAUAAGUAUGAUUUGACGCUUUGUGCGAGAUGCUAUGUCCGUGGUAACUAUCGGGUUGGUGUUAACUCCUCGGAGUUUAAACGGGUUGAGAUUAGCGACGAUGCAAAAGCAGAGUGGUCUGAGAAGGAAAUUUUGCAGCUUCUCGAAGCUAUCAUGCACUAUGGCGAUGAAUGGAGGAAGGUUGCUCAACAUGUUACGGGCAGAACUGAGAAGGAUUGUGUCUCUCAGUUCCUCAAGCUUCCUUUUGGGGAAGAAUAUGUAAAUCGAUCUGACUCUGGGGAAGCUGAUGAGACCCUUGAUCAGGUCAAGGGUUCUGCCAGUGCUGAAUCUGAAGGUAGAGGUCAAGAUGUCUCAUCUCCCAAUAAGCGGUUGCGUUUGACACCUCUGGCAGAUGCUAGCAACCCGAUAAUGGCUCAGGCUGCUUUCCUUUCAGCUUUGGCUGGCUCAGAUGUUGCAGAAGCAGCAGCUCAAGCAGCGGUCACUGCUCUAUCUGACUCAGACUACGAAGCUGAUAAAGGAACUGCUGAAGACUCGAGACCACAAGAGGUCAAUGGUGCAUUGAAUGGUGAAACUACUGGACACGACUCGGGAAGGGCUUUGUCCAACGCGAAAUCUCUGCUUGAGAAGGAGGAAGACGAGUUGGAGAGAGCCAUCAAGGAGAUCGUUGAAGUAAAGAUGAAGAAUAUCCGAGAUAGGAUAAUACAUUUCGAGAAUUUGGAUCUAAAAAUGGAGAAAAGCCGGAAACAGUUGGAGCACAUGAAGAAUCUGCUAUUUGCCGAUCAGUUGAACAUCUUUUUCCACACAAGAAGGACGCGGAAAACUGAAGAUAUAGAGUAGUGUUAGGACACAAGUCUGAAGCCAUUCUUUCUUCUUCAUUAUUCAGCCAAGUCUGUAAAAGACUGAAUCUCUCUCUCUCCUCGCAUUUAUGUUUCAAGUAAUCUAAUGGUACAUAGGUUGUAAUUUUAGUUUUAACUGACGUGUAAACCAUCUUAUUUAUUAAACCUUUUUAAAAUUGUUUGAAAGAAA